AUGAAUCUGGUGGAAAGUGAUAUCUCAGAUGAAGACAGCGAACCUCAGAACUCUUUUGAGAGCGGGCAGCUGCAGCACACUGAGAGAUCCGCCAAUCUUAUGGCACGAGAGACAAACAGGGCAAUAAGAGGAAGAGGGCCAGAGUCGGUGGAGCAGGGCGGGGCUUGUAAGAGGGCGGGGCUUCAGCCGAGGCACAAGCGCUGGAGGUGCACGCGUCCUCCUCGCCACGGCGAGCUCAUGAGUGUGGACUACUACUUCCUGUCUGUGGAGGACUUCCUGGAGCUGGAGCGGAGCGGAGGACUGCUAGAGAUAGGAACGUAUGACGGUAACUAUUAUGGGACACCCAAGCCACCCAUCCAGCCUCUCAGUAGGACAGUGAUUACCCAUGAUGCUUUGCGACACAGUUGCACUGGUUCCCAGAAGUGCUGCGAUCGCGUGAAGCAUGCAGGAGUAGAGCAGACAGCUCUGCAGGAGGAUGCAGACAUGAACAACACGUUUACAGGAGACUCCAGCCGGCCGGAGGUGCGAGACAAUGCCCCCAGCUACGUGCUGAACAACAUGGCCUCUCCGCCAGGCCUUCCUCCAGACCACGACCCCCUCGGAGCGCUGCCCGACAACUGGGAGAUGGCCUACACAGAGAGCGGAGAGAUCUACUUCAUCGACCACAACACAAAGACCACCUCGUGGAUGGACCCUCGCUGUCAGGACAAGCAGCCCAAACCUCUGGAGGACUGUGAGGACGAUGAGGGUGUACAUACAGAAGAGCUGGACAAUGAUCUCGAACUUCCUCCUGGCUGGGAGAAGAUCGACGACCCGGUGUACGGAGUCUAUUAUGUUGAUCACAUCAACCGUAAGACGCAGUACGAGAACCCGGUUCUGGAGGCCCGGAGGCAGAAGCAGCUGGACGCUCAGCAGUCUCCGGAGGACGGACGCUACAUCAGAGAAUGGAUCGAGGAGCACUCGUCCGCCGGCGCAGCGAUCGGCUCUUACGUGCCCAGUCAUCUGGAGACAUACAGAGACCCUCAGAGCAUUCCUCGGCCCCUCAGGCCGGGCCCCAGGCGGGGAAAGCCGUUCUUUACUCGUAAUCCAGCCGAACUCAAAGGCUCCUUCAUAAGCACGGCUGCUGAAGCGGCGGGCUUCGGCUUCACUGUGGUCGGAGGAGAUGAACCGGAUGAGUUCCUGCAGAUCAAGAGUCUGGUGCUGGACGGACCGGCGCGUGGACGGAAGAUGGAAACAGGUGACGUCAUCGUCAGCGUAAACGACACGAUCGUGUUGGGAUACACUCACGCUCAGGUGGUGAAGAUAUUCCAGUCCAUCCCCAUCGGCUCGAUGGUCCAGCUGGAGCUGUGUCGCGGCUACCCUCUGCCCUUUGACCCCGACGACCCCAACACCAGCCUGGUGACCUCAGUGGCCAUCUUGGACAAGGAGCCCAUCAUAGUGAACAGUCAGGAGGGCUUCGAGGCCAUGCCCGUCCUGGGCCCCGGCGGCGGCGGUGGCGGCGGCCCCGGGGCCCCUGAGCCCGUGUCGUUCGGCCCCGCCGUGGACAGCGCUCUGAUGGGACCGGCUUACAGCAGUGACGUGGUCACGCUGGCCUCGUCCAUCGCCACGCAGCCCGAGCUGAUCACGGUCCACAUCGAGAAGGGCGACAAGGGCCUGGGCUUCACCAUCGCGGACAGUCUGGCGGCGGCGGACAGGGUGAAGCAGGUGGUGGAUUACCCACGCUGCCGAGGGCUGAGAGGCGACAUCCUGCUGGAGGUCAACAAGAGGAGCGUGCAGGGCAUGAGCCACAACCAGAUCGUGGACCUCCUCAGCAAGUGUCCGAGAGGCGAAGUGACCCUGCUGGUGCAGAGAGGAGUCCUGCAGCCCAAGAGAAGCCCCAAAGUGCUGCAGUUGGAAAGAAAGGACAGUCAGGGCAGCUCUCAGCACAGCAUAUGCAGUCACCGCAGCACACACACCGACUCGCCCGGCCGCCCGGAGCCCGUCAUGGCCCCCGACGCCCUGGGGGCCCCUCCGCCGGUGCCGCCGCCUCCCACCCAGCCGCUGCCCGUCCUGCCCGCCUUUGACACCUCUGCAGCCAAUGGGACGCUCCAGAAGAAACCGGAUCCCUUCAAGAUCUGGGCGCAGUCCAGGAGCAUGUAUGAGAGCCGUGUGCCAGACUCUCAAGAACAGGACAUUUUCCUCUGGAGGAAAGACACAGGCUUUGGCUUCCGGAUCCUGGGGGGAAAUGAACCCGGAGAACCGAUCUACAUAGGGCACAUAGUGAAGUACGGCUCUGCGGACGAGGACGGCCGCCUGCGCUCCGGGGACGAGCUGAUCUGUGUGGACGGCACGGCCGUGGUGGGCAAGUCUCACCAGCUGGUGGUGCAGCUCAUGCAGCAGGCGGCUAAACAGGGCCACGUCAACCUCACCGUCCGGCGCAAAACCGCUUACGGAGCAUAUAAGGCUGGCGAGCCGGAUGUUCCUCCGUCCCCGGCCUCCUCUCAUCACAGCAGCACACAGGCUCCAUCUCUGACGGAGGAGAAGCGCACUCCUCAGGGCAGUCAGAACUCUCUGAACACGGUCAGCUCGGGCUCGGGCAGCACCAGCGGUAUCGGCAGCGGCGGCGGAGGAGGCUCGGGCAGCACCGUGGUCAACAUGACGCCUGCCGCCCUGCAGCCGUACGACGUGGAGAUCCAGCGCGCUGAGAACGAGGGCUUCGGCUUCGUCAUUGUGUCGUCCGUGUCCAGGCCUGACGCCAGCUCCAGCUUCGCAGGGAACACGGCCAUGCCUCAUAAAAUAGGCCGGAUCAUCGAGUGCAGUCCGGCUGACCGCUGCGGAAAGCUGAAGGUGGGUGACCGGAUCCUAGCGGUCAACGGCUGCUCCAUCACCAACAAAUCACACUCGGACAUCGUCAACCUCAUCAAAGAGGCCGGCAACGCCGUCUCGCUGCGCAUCAUACCCGGAGACGAGACGUCAAACGCAUCGCUGCUGACCAACGCAGAGAAGAUCGCCACUAUCACCACCACACACACACCUCAGAGCAGCACAGAGCCCAGCAGGAAUAACAAACCCAAGCAAGCUCUGACCCAACCAGCAGUCUACAGUCAGGAGGCAGAGUAUUACUCUGUUGAUCUGGAGAGGGAGAGUAAAGGUUUCGGCUUCAGUCUCAGAGGAGGCAAAGAGUACAACAUGGAUCUGUACGUGCUGAGAUUAGCCGAGGAUGGAGCCGCUGUCAAAAACGGCAAGAUGAGGGUUGGUGAUGAAAUACUGGAGAUCAAUGGUGAAAGUACAAAAAAUAUGAAGCAUUCUCGCGCCAUCGAGCUGAUCAAGACCGGAGGCAGACGAGCUCGACUGGUGCUGAAGAGAGGAGAUGGAUCCGUCCCAGAGUAUGACGGCCCAAAUGACAGCUACCCUCCCUCACCCGGGCCACAAAAUAAUUCGGAAGUGAGGGCCUUGCUGGCCAGCGGCCCCUUUCAUCAUCCGUCCAAGUCCAGCUGUACAUCAGAGCAUCACACCCCAUCCCAGCCCAAGCAGCACCAACCGAGAGAUCCGGCGAGGGAAUGCAGCACAGGACUGUAUUCCAGCGCUCCGCACCAGCCCUCCUGGAACAACCGCCCCGGGCCCUCGCCGUCCCCUGACAGCAGCAAAAACAACUCCCACCGCAAGGUCAAGAAGUCUGAGUCUGAGAGCGGCAUUGCCAAGCUCUUCAAAACCCUGAGGAAAGAGGGUGGAUUUGGGAGGAAAAGUUCCCACCAGGAUCUCACGAGGCGAGGUCGCAAGCCCUCCGUAGAUGGGCCCCAGGUGCGCAGCGGCUCCUUGGAUCGCUCCUCCACCCGGAAACGCAACACUUCUCCAGAUCGCCGAAGGGCCAAGUCCGUGGACCGCCGGACGACACGCUCCUAUAAAGAUCGGUCCCCUGAGCCAAGCUAUCCAGCCUCUUCCCAGGACCUGCUGUGCCAGAUCUCCACUCCAGAAAGGCUUGUCCGACCCCAGAAAGAGCCCCAAACCCCCCGCAGGAGCUACAGCAAAGAGGGCUACUUCACGUCCACCCCUGAACGAACCCACAAACCCUUGGCCUACGCUCUCGCUCAAACUCCUGAACGCGGCCUAAAGAACAGGAACGUUCUGCUUAACUACUCUCCGUCCUCUCAAGCUGAGAGACAGGGACCCUCAGUCAACGGAGCCUCGGAGAGAUGCUUCCGCAGGAGAUCGGACAGCAGCAGCGAUGGAAGUUACCUGGAGGACAACACUGCUCCACAGCUAAGGGACUAUUACAACGCACUGAGAGCCGGCGGGGUGACCGGAAGCGGCCUGGGCCUCGUCCAGAGUUCUCCAGGCAAGAGACGGCUUUACAAGGAGAACCACGCAGACCUCAGCAUCUGAGCUUCACCACAGCGGAACAAUGCUUCAUUUUAUAGUUCGUUUUUAUAUGUUGUGUUGCAAGUGAGAUCCAUGUUUUGUUAAAAGACACUUUUUUUUUUAAAUGCGUCUACUUUGCGUGUCCUCUUUGCUCCAAAUGGAGAUUUACUGAACAAGAGCACAAGCAUUCAGCAUUUGUUUCUUUGUUUGUACAUUUUAAUAGACCGUGUGAUGAAACCUGAACUCAGACUAUGAUGCUGUAAUUGAGUAAUAUAUAUUUAAGCUGUAUAUUUAUUUUGAAAAACUGAAAUGUAACUCGAUGGGAUGUCCAGAUGAAAAAGGCAUCACUCAGUCUUGGUCUGUUGUGUAAUAUCUGACUUUGUUAGUCCUAACACUGCACUGGACUGAGGCCUGAGCCGCCCAUUAGCAAAAAAGAGGGAAAACAUGAAAGCAGAAAAAUACUAUCUUGUGGCACAAUUUCUUUAUAUUUUUUUUUCUCCAUAAUUGCCAGAACUUAGUCUAAAGGCACAUAUGCACAAUUGAGAAAACGUGACCCAACAUUAGCUUAUGCUAUUUCUGGAUUGAAUCAGGCGCUUUGUGGGAAACAGGAACAUAGCUAAAACAUUCAACUAUGAAAAAACACUGGAAAUAUAAAAUGUGAGAUCAUAAUUCGCUGUCAUGUUAUGCCAACGUCUGAAGUACUUUGAAUUGUCCGCCACAUUUACCUCCAUAGAGUCAAGUACCAAAGGCGACGCGGCACACGUUUUGAGCUGAAUGUAGAGAUGCAGCACGGAAGAUUCAGGUUGCCAGAUCCGAUCCGAAAGGCUUGGUCAAAACGGCGCCUGGCGCAAUCUGCCAAUCUGAGCCACCACGUCACGCUCUGGAGAGCCCCCGGGCUUCGCUGAUAUGCAGACGCAAUACGUGUUUGUUUGGGAACACAGCUGUUUCGUGCAUUUCGACAGGACCGAGAACAGGGAAUCCCUUCAGUGUCAUCUGAAUAGUACUGUAUCAAAAUGAACGUAUCAGCUGCUGUCUUUUGUACAAAUUUUAUUACCGUAUGUACUUCAAACCUGUGUAGGUAAGGACACUGUUGCCUUUUCUCUGUACAAAAAAGAAUUUAUGAAAGAUGUCCACCUAGAAGAAGAUGCAAAUAUGUUUCUACUCUGCUGACUGGGGCUGUGUGGUGAACUCAGAACCAGGCGUACGCAAAGCUGUAUUUUUUUCCUCUCUCCAGGAAGGAUGGAAAUGUAGGUUUUUCAAGGAAGGGGGUUGAAUAUCUGUUGUGAUGGAUAGCCUGCUUUUUUUUUCUAGAGAUCUUGUAUACUGUCUGUGGUCUCUGAAAAGAUCUAUGGAUUUUAAAAGCUUUUUUUCUGUGUCGAUAAAAGCAGUACAUGUAUAUGGUCUAAUGGUUUUUUUUUUUUUUUUUUAAUGAAACUAUGCAUAUAUAUAUAUAUAUAAAUAUAUAAAUAUAUAAAUUCUGCAUUGUCCAUAGCUUUAUUUGACUCAUGAAAUCACACAUAACAUUAGUCUAAGUUCAAGUAGACGUGGACUUACACAGUAAAGCUUUUUUUCUUCUUGUUUGGAUGGAUCACGAUGUAUAUGUAGCUAUCAAAAAGAAGUCUGUGAAUGCUAUUUUUAUUAUCAAAUAAAGUUUUCCAUACAAAUUCACAA